CCUCAUCUUUCGUUGAAUGCAACAAGGGGUGUACGUUUCUCUAAUUAAAAGACGGCGUGGAUUUGGAACUAGGUUUUCAUUAUAUGGAGUCAUAGCCUACACACAUUUUUCAUCAACGCUUUUCGGAGGGGUGUUCAUCUUUGGUUUUGUGAUGUAGCUUUGUGAUGUGGUUUUGUGAUGUAACCAUGAACAUUUAGAUUUUUCCCCAUCCUGUUUCUGGGGCAGGCACAGUCUGUUUCUUGCUUUAGCCUACCUUGCAACUAUAUUAAACAUCCGUUGAGGCAUUGCGUUCUUUUGUAUUAUUAAAAGUUGGGAUCUAUCUGAAUGAUUGAGUGGAGCCUGUGCUUUUUUGCAGGCUGAAUAAAAGAAGUCGGGAAGAAAUCUGCCUUCUCUUUUGCUCUUUCAUCUCGAGUUCAUGUGUCGGCCAGAUCUCACUGCGUUGCCUCGCACAUAUUUUGCAAUAUAAUGUCUGGAACCUGCUCGAGACAUGCCUAAGCGACGCAAUGGGACAAGGCGACGAGAACGAUCGUAUUGUGAUUAACGUGGGAGGUAUCAGACACCAAACCUACCGUAGCACCCUUCGUACAUUACCGGGCACCCGGUUAGCUUGGCUCGCCGAGCCCGAUGCCCACAGUCACUUUGACUACGAUCCCAAGAUUGAGGAAUUUUUCUUUGACCGGCACCCGGGGGUGUUUGCCCACAUCCUCAAUUACUAUAGGACCGGGAAGUUGCACUGCCCUGCAGAUGUUUGCGGCCCGUUGUACGAGGAGGAGUUGGCAUUUUGGGGUAUCGAUGAGACUGACGUGGAACCAUGUUGUUGGAUGACUUAUCGGCAACAUAGAGAGGCCGAGGAGGCAUUGGAUAGUUUUGGGGGUGGCCCCCCCGAGAAUUCAGAGGAGGAUGGGGAUGAGGAAACGCUGGGAAUGAUCAAUAGGUUGGCUCUUGAUGGACCAGAUGCCAAAUCUGGGGGGCAUUGGCGACGUUGGCAGCGGUUGCUUUGGGCACUCUUCGAGGAUCCCUAUUCAUCUAAAUAUGCAAGGUGGAUAGCCUUCGCCUCCCUGUUCUUCAUCCUGGUUUCCAUCACCACCUUCUGCCUGGAGACACACGAGGCCUUCAAUCCCAUCAUCAACCGGACGGAAAUUGACCCGCUGGACAACAGCACGCGGGUCUACCAGGAGACUGAGACCGUGGUUUUCCUCACCUAUAUUGAGGGGGUCUGUGUGCUGUGGUUUACAUUUGAGUUCAUAAUGCGAGUGACGUUCUGUCCGAGCAAGCUGGAGUUUUUCCGUAACACCCUCAACAUCAUCGACUUUAUUGCCAUCAUGCCCUUCUACCUGGAGGUGGGGCUGAGUGGGCUCUCUUCCAAGGCAGCUAAGGAUGUAUUGGGUUUCCUACGCGUGGUACGCUUUGUCCGGAUCCUCCGGAUCUUUAAGCUGACUAGGCACUUUGUGGGACUGCGUGUCCUGGGUCAUACACUCCGAGCCAGCACCAAUGAGUUCCUGCUCCUCAUCAUCUUCCUCGCCCUGGGUGUGCUCAUCUUCGCCACUAUGAUCUACUAUGCUGAAAGGAUUGGUGCCAAGCCCAAUGACCCCCGAGCCAGCGAGCACACUCACUUUAAGAACAUUCCUAUUGGAUUCUGGUGGGCGGUGGUGACCAUGACAACCCUUGGCUAUGGAGACAUGUACCCUCAGACAUGGUCUGGCAUGCUGGUGGGAGCGCUGUGUGCUCUGGCUGGUGUGCUGACUAUCGCCAUGCCGGUGCCUGUUAUUGUCAAUAACUUUGGGAUGUAUUACUCCCUGGCGAUGGCCAAGCAGAAGUUACCAAAGAAAAAGAACAAACAUAUCCCCCGCGCCCCACUUCUGGGCUCCCCCAAUUACUGUAAGUCGGAGGUAACCUCACCUCACCACAGCACGCAAGACGACACAUGGCCCCUGGCCCCACAAGAACCACCAGAAGAGAUCUUAGAAAUAAACAGAGCAGCUCCACAAGCUGUUUUUCAAGAUCCCAAAGUGAACGGGGAAACGUCCAAGGAGUCAGCCAAGAGAGCAGCCAAGGAGUUAACCAAGGAGUCAGCCAAGGAGUCAGCCAAGGAGUCAGCCAAGGAGUCAGCCAAGGAGGCAGAAAAAGCAGCGCUGGCCAAUGAAGACUGUCCCCACAUAGACCAGAUCAUGUCACCUGACGACGGCCAGAUCUUAAGCCCUAUUGACCGGUCCGAGCAGCAGCCCUGCUUCCUGCUGGCCAUGGGCGGGCGGCCAGGCCACACGGCGGCCAGAGUCAGGAAGGCUGGCUCUUCCCAGGGGAGGUCACUGGCGGAGCCGGCGCACCCAUGCCCACCGCUCGGCCCCCAGGGCCCCCAGGGCUACCCUCUGCUGCAGCUAGCUGGGUGGGUAUGUGGUCAAGAGGACGGCCAUGCCACACUCACAACCUGACGCCCCAGCCUCUAACACUAAAGAAUAGCACAAUCAAAGAAUUGCCUUGUUCACCACACCGAGAGAUCCUUACUAUCCUUAUGCUCUACAAUAACAUCAGGCCUUCACAUCAUAUCCUCUAGUCUACAGUUACACCAGGCAAAGGCAGGACAAGUGCAAGCCAAAGGCUUCUAUGAUGAAUCAACUCUGAAAAAGAAGAAGAAAAAGCUGCUUCCACAAUUGUUUCAGUAUCAAACUAUAAUGCCUGUGUCAUCCGCAGCUUCUUAAAUUAGCUGCUUUGUGCGUAGGGAGAUGAAUCACAAGCACAUAAUACUGUAUAUUGUUGUCAUGGUCUAAUAGCAUUGCUAAAUCUCACCUGCCAUCAUCCCCAGCCAAGUUCCCAGACACUAGCUAAGACAGAACCUGCUACAGCCUCCAUACAGUAUACAGUUUCACAUACUUUUUAUCCUGCCUCUUCUAGUGCACAGUGGAGCUUUUUUUGGUCGAAAGGUCACACAUUCCCACUGUCUCCCAUAGUGAACUGCUCUUUGUGAGCAUGAUCUGUUUUGGGUGGACAAGUUCAGUGACUCUCAAGUGCCAUAACACAAACACAACUGUAAUCCACUGUGUCCACGUCAUGAGACUGAUCCAUUACAUGAAUCAAGUAGGAUGAUCACUAACAGUAGCUAAGAGUACACAUGCCCUCACUGUUGUAUAUUCCACGUAAUGUGUUUAUGAAUGUGCUUCUGAGUAUGUGUACGGUAUGUCUGCGACUGUGUCUGUGUGUGAUUGUCUAUGUAUAUGUUGGCAAUGGAAAGUGAACCUGUUUCUCUGUUGCUCCAUGUUGGCAUGUGUUGUGCUUGUCUUUUAACUCAACACUGCAUGUCCUGUCCAGCUGAUGGUUGGCAUUGGAGAGGAAAUUUAGCUGGUGGUAAGGGGUGAAGUAUGGUGAGGAAUAAGAGAGGCCACAUGGUAUUACAGUAUAUGACAAGCAUUGUGAGAAGGAAGACGUACAUUUUCAAUAGCGUCCUACCUCUUGUCUAACACUGAAUAACUUCAGCAAAUAACUAUUUUUAUAUUAUAUCAUUGCUUCACAAAUAGAUGACAGGCUAUUGUUGUUAAAUAACAGCAUGUCAUAAGAUUAUGUAACAAGAUCACUAUAUAAUUGGACUGCAGUAGAUACAUGUUGAAGUCUAGCUGAAUAUGGCUCUGUGCCAGCACUCUUAUAAACAGUAUUACAAAGCAGACUGGAAACUGUCAGUCUCUCUUCUCCAUUUGAUAUUGUUAACCACAAAAUGAUCUUGAUGUUGAACUAGCUGAAUAAGCGUCAGAUAAGUGUUAGUGCCUGGAGCCAGAAUGGCUGUUGGGCUCUCAACCCUGCUAGAGAAUACAUUGAUGUGCAUUCUUUCCGAGCCGUG